UAUUUUAGUACUAUCCAAUACUAGACUGACGUUAUUCUCUGAACCAUUUCCUAAACCAGAAACAAAAUGAGUCUUCAAGGAGGAGGGGAAAAUUGUGGGUCUUCGGCAGGAAGAGUGUUUACGGAAGAGCAGGAAGCCCUGGUGGUGAAGUCAUGGAACUCCAUGAAGAAGAACUCGGGAGAAUGGGGUCUCAAAUUCUUUCUCAAGAUAUUUGAGAUUGCACCGUCCGCUAAGAAAUUGUUCUCAUUUCUUAAAGAACCGAACGCUCCAUUGGAACAGAACCCCAAGCUCAAGACCCAUGCCAAGACUGUCUUCGUCAUGACGUGUGAAGCUGCGGUUCAACUCCGGAAAGCUGGGAAAGUUGUGGUGCGGGAAUCAAGUCUCAAGAAAUUGGGUGCCACGCAUUUCAAAUACGGAGUCGUGGAUGAACAUUUUGAGGUGACCAAAUUUGCACUGUUGGAGACAAUCAAAGAAGCAGUUCCAGAAAUGUGGUCCACAGAGAUGAAAAAUGCAUGGGGUGAGGCCUAUGAACAAUUGGUCGCUGCCAUCAAGACCGAAAUGAAGCCCUAAACAUCAAAAUCAUUGGGGGUGCGCUCCCAAUAUUUCUAUCCGAAGUUUUCUGUUGCUCUUGUCAGAUUGAAUUGUCAUGUUUCAAUAAACCAUAAAUAGAUUGUACAAUUUGAAGCUGUUUCAUAGAACGGAGCUUGAAGACAUUGCACA